CCGCGAGAUAUCGUUGAAGAGUCUGUUCUGUCCCUCGGAGUAUCGCCAUGUCAAUUCCUCAUCGGGUAUAGCGCGGCUUUCUUUCGGAGGUCCUCUCACUUCUUCUCUCCUCUUUACUACAAGUAGAAAGUACAGUAUGGUCUCCAAUUGACUUCAAUUGACCAUGGAUGCGACUAUAUUUUCAGCAUAAAAUGACCUCACGGCCUCUGAACUCGUGGAGAAUGUCUCGGGUGUAUUUCCCGCUUUCCCUGCAUCACCGGCUUGAUCCGACGCUACCGUUGCCGGUACUUGUACAUAUAUAAGUCGACCGGAUUUCACCUUCAAUCCAGCAAUUCAAUAAAAAAUCAAAAUAACAAGUCGCAAUGAAGUUCCUCGCUGCUCUGUCCCUCUUCUCGUUGGCUUCGGCCAUUCCUCUCCAACAGCGCCAAUCCGACGAUGCGCCGUUCAGUCUGAACCUCCGAUGGUCCAACAGCCCUCUUAGCGGUCCCAUCAACGCCAACGGCAGUCAAUUCUGGCACGGCAAGGAUACCGCAUCUUUCUGCCCCGAGAACAUCCCCGAAUGCAAGACAGUCAACACCACUUCGUUUAUCGGACGCGAUGGCCAAUUGUUCCUCAACACCGGAGUCCCCGGUGGCCAGCAGGUCUACGUCUCUCCCACCGGCCUCCUCACCUACACAGUUCCGCAUAGCGCCAACAUCCCCGAGGGUUCCUUGACGGAUCUCGAGGUCUUCUCGACCAACAACUUUAUCAACCCGUUCUUGACCUUCCACCUCUGCAGCGUGGACCAGGAGGACACUCAAUGGCAUCUUGUUCUGGAGUACACCAAUGCUACGACUGGAUCGAUCAUCAACAGUGGCUACACGGAGAACAAUGCCUGCACGCGCGUCUCUCUCGAAGCUGUUCCCUACACGGGUGACACUGCUUGGGAAUUCUCGUAGUGGCGUUCACCGACAAGUUAGCAUGGCAUGUACGAUAACAUUAUAUAUAAUGCGUGUGGUUACCAAUAAUUGAAUAUAAUAUCCCAACA